AUGGGUCAGUGGCUGAGUGAUGACUCUGAUGAUGAGGAGAUUGAUGUUGCUGAACUUCAGGAGUGGUAUAAGAAGUUUGUGGUGGAAUGCCCAAGUGGAAAACUCUUCAUGCAUGAGUUCAAGAGCUUCUUUGGUGUUACUGGCAACCAGGAAGCAGCGGAUUACAUAGAAAACAUGUUCCAAGCUUUUGACCAAAAUGGGGACAAUACUAUUGAUUUUCUGGAUGUUGCAGCCUUGAAUCUAGUGCUGUGAGGAAACCUUGAGUACAAACUGAAAUGGACUUUUAAAAUGUACAACAAGGACGGGAGUGGCUGUAUCGACAAAACUGAGCUAAAGGAGAUUGUGGAGUCAAUUUACCGACUAAAGAAAGCUUGCCAUGGUGACCUUGAUGAAGAGUGUAACCUCCUGACCCCAGAUCAGGUGGUGGACCGAAUAUUUGAGCUAAUGGAUGAGAAUGGAGAUUGGGAGUUGUCUCUGGAUGAGUUCAUUGACGGGGCACGGCGGGACAAAUGGGUCAUGAAGAUGCUGCAAAUGGACGUUAACCCCAGAGACUGGAUCAAUGAACAGCGACGCUGCAGCGCCAACUUCUGAAGUCCAUGUUACCCAAAGCAAACCCUUAACAUGCUGGAAACCUUCCCCUUAAUUAUGAAUAGUUUCUCAAAAUGUUAGUCCUGGUAAUAAAAGUGAACAUUAACCCAUCAGCUCUCUACGCCCAAGUGUAGAGAGGGAUCUCUAGAGAAAAGAGAAAUGACCUCUGGCAAUAUAUUCUUCUUUUCUCAUAUAUUCCCCAUUGUAUCUCUCCCUUGUCUCUGUUUUGAAAGCAACAUUUAUUUUAUUUAAAUGUAUAUGUUCAUGUUCAUGUUUUAUUUAUUAUUUCUCUCAUAUUUGUUGUUAUGAACUGUCCCUUUGAUGAUUGAAUAAGUGAUUGUGGACUCUAUUGUUACUGUUACACUGUGG